GUUAAUUAUGUAUAAUUUUUUUAUCGGACAUUUUUUUUAUAUUUUUAUUUUGUUGAACAUAGGCAGUUGUUUAUCGGCCGUCAUCAAGUUAUCAUUGGAGCUUGAAACGAGGAAGUUGAAACUUUUUUAAAUAGAAAAUUAAAUACAAAAAUAAAAUAAAUACUCAACAAUGCAAAAUGAAAGUGCAUUACAAUGGCUCGAUUGGGUUGCAAUAUGUGUUAUGCUAGCAGCAUCAGCUGCAGUUGGUAUUUACUAUCGUUUUACAGGUGGAAAACAAAAGACUGCUGAGGAAUAUUUCACUGCCGAUAGAUCAUCUGGUGUUUUACUUUUAUCAUUUGCCAUGAUGGUUGCAUUUUUAUCAGCAAUUUCACUACUUGGAUUGAGUGGUGAAAAUUAUUCUUAUGGUGUACAAUUUAAUUUAUUAUAUGUUGGUUUAAUAAUUGGAACACCAAUUGUUGCAUAUGUCUAUUUGCCAAUAUUUUAUGAGCUUCAAACAAUGAGUGUCUUUGAGUAUCUUGAAAAACGUUUUGGAAUGACAGCAAGACUAGUUGCAAGUAUUGCAAAUUUUUUACAAGUUGGAUUUUAUACUGGUGUUGUAAUAUAUGCUCCAUCAUUGGCAUUGGAAGCAACAACUGGAUUAAAUGGUACAUUAAGUACAUUAUUAAUUGGUUUAAUAUGUACAUUUUAUUCAACAAUUGGUGGUAUCAAAGCUGUCAUUAUAACUGAUCUUAUACAAGGUGGACUUAUGUAUGUGUGUGUAUUAUCAAUUCUUAUUAUUGGAAUUGGACAAAUUGAUGGUGGACUUGUUGGUGUUUUUAAUAUUGCAUCUGAAAAAGAACGUCUCAAUUUUUUCGAUUUUGAUUUCGAUCCAACGAUAAGACACACUUGGUGGUCAUUGACAAUUGGUGGUACAUUUUUUUUUCUUUCAUUGUAUGCUUGUAGCCAAGUACAAGUACAAAGAAUGCUAACAGCAAGCUCAAUUACUGCAGCAAGAAAAGCAUUAUUUUUAAAUAUUCCAUUAACACUGUCAAUGGUUAUGCUGGUGUCAUUAUCUGGUUUGGUAUUAUUUGCUUAUUAUAAUAAUUGUGAUCCAGUAACAAUUGGUAAAAUAAAAUCAUACGAUAUGGUUAUGCCAUAUUUUGCAAAAGAAAAAAUGACAAAUAUACCUGGUUUAACUGGUAUAUUUGUAUCUGGUGUAUUUAGUGCAAGUUUAAGUACAGUAUCAGCAAUGUUAAAUUCAAUGGCUGCAAUUGCAUUGUCUGAUUAUUUAAAACCAUUAUAUAAAAAAUUAAAUAAACCAUUUCCUGAUGAUAAAGCAGCAUCAUAUGGUAAAAUAUUAGCACUUGGAAUUGGUGUAUUAACAUUGGGUGUUGCAUUUUUAGCAUCAAAACUUGGAACAUUAAUACAACUUGCAUUGGGCAUACAUGGUGCAAUUGGUGGUCCAAUAUUAGGUCUAUUUACAUUGGGUAUGGUAUUUGAAUCAGCCAAUGAAACUGGUGCUGUUAUUGGAACAGUUAUGGCACUUGUUAUUAAUGCUAUUAUGACAUUUGGACCAAAAAUAAAAGCACCAGUUUUACCAAUGUUCAUUGAUGGAUGUAUCAAUUCAACAAUUAUUACACCAAUUAUUUAUCCAAGCAAAAAUGAUGAUAAAUAUUUUUAUCUAUUUCGAAUAUCCUAUUUGUGGGCAACACCAAUUGGUUUAUUUUUAACUUUAUUAUUUGGCUACAUUGCAAGUAGCAUAGUACAAAAAUAUACAAAAACUCCAGCACCAAUAUCUGAUCCACGUUUAUUUACACCAUUUAUUGCUGCACGAAUAAAACGUAAAAGACAAAUUCAACAACAGCAACAACAAGGAAAUCCAAUUGGCAGUCAAAUAUUUGUAUUAGAUAAUAAAGAAACAAAUCCCGUUGAACAAUAAUAAAUAAUUAAAUAAAUUAUGAAAAAGUAUUAUAUAUUUAAAAAAAAAAAAUUACAUUAAACGAGUUACAAAUAAAAUGAGGAUUAUAAAAAGGUUUUGUAUUUUAACGCCCACGUAUCAGUUGGGGUUAAUAACAAGAGCCAAAUGAUCAUUUAAAAAUAAUAUAUAAUAAUUUGCAAUUUAAAAGUCAUUCAAGUCAAACAAGAUCAUUUGGUUAUCAUCAUAUUAACACUCGUAUAAAAAUAAUAAUAUUAAAUAUAAUAAUUAAAGAUUAAAUUAAAUAAAAAUUUGUAAAUUUUUAAGAUAAUUUAUUUUUAUAUAGUUUAUAAAUUAUAAUAAAUAUGAUUUUAUUGGCUUCAUUUAAAAAGGCUAAUUGAAUAAAAAUUUAUUGAGUAAAUAUAUAUUAAUGUUUUUUAAUUUAGAAUUCAUAUACUGACACGAAAAAAAUAAAAUAGCUAAAUAAAUAAACGUAAGUGUGAAG